AUGAUGACGUUAAUAAUGCCUUUACAAGUACGAGGAAGAGUAUGAGACAGGAGGAACACGGUAACGACGAGACGAAUGAGGUCAUUAACCAUGAAGAUGCAGCUUUUGCGGAGUUUUCCAACCCUGUCCCUUGGCAGAAGAUAGAAGGAGAAGGGCUGGACUGUGAUUAUGCUUUGCUUUUCUCCAAGGAAGAAGCAGACCCCCUGUUCAAACAGCUGGAGGAGGAGGUGGUGUACCUGACAGGGGAUGACACAAAGGUCCAUGUAUUUGGAAAAUUCUGUGAUAUACCCAGAAAGCAAGCAACGUAUGGGGAUGCAGGACUAAACUACACAUAUUCCGGGGUAAAACAUUCAGCCCGCCUGUGGACACCAACCUUGGCACAUAUUCGGAAUGCCGUCACCAAAACAACUGGACAGUCAUUUAACUUUGUUUUGGUUAACAGAUAUAAAGAUGGGCAGGAUCAUAUGGGAGAGCACCGUGAUGAUGAGAGGGAGCUGGAUCCCCUUUGCCCCAUUGCCUCAGUCUCUUUGGGGGCAGCACGAGACUUCAUCUUCAGGCAUAGGGAGGCACGGGGCAAACAGAAUUGUCGGCAGAUUGAACCAGUGAAGCUGGAGCUUGACCAUGGAAGCCUAUUGCUCAUGAACCACCCAACAAACACAUUCUGGUACCACAGCCUACCUGUACGCAAGAGGGUUCUCCUGCCUCGCAUUAACCUCACAUUCAGACGCAUCCUAAUGGACACAAAGAAAUGAGGAUUACCAAUUACGAUUCUGUGUGUGUGUGUGUGUGUGUGUGUGUGUGUGUGUGUGUGUGUGUGUGUGUGUGUGUGUGUGUGUGUGUGUGUGUGUGUGUGUGUGUUCCGACAAGUCUUGAGUGACUGCAAAUGCACCACUUCUUAGGGAUUACCCGCCCUUUUGGUGACUGAUAGUUUUGUUGUUUUCCCAUACACAACUAUCCCAAUGCAUUGUUUCUAUACUGUAAUCAAUUCAUUAAAUACACUCACUAA